AGGGGAAGUAAUUCCCGGAAUAUUUUGAAAACGGGAACAAAGAAAUGUGUAUUGAAAUGUAAACUUUCGAAAAUAUAUACAAUUAAAAAACUGAAAGAGACUGUUAUGUGGUUGACAGAAGAAGAUACGUUAUUAACUGAGGCCUGUGUUGAGCGAAGAUGAACCAUUUGUCUUCAAGUGGACUCUGCCUUUGACAUCCUAAAUAUUCCGAGGGAAGAACUGGCUGCCAACCAAGCUACCUUCAAAAUGGCUGCCAAGCGACCUCUGACCAAUGACCCGAUUUAUCCUCCUAAAAAGAGAGCACUAUAUGAACAUAAACUGCUGCAUGGCAUAGAAAACUUCGCACUUAACACCGUCACCAACAACACAGGCCUGGUGAAGACAGCUAGUAACCAUGACAAUCGGGAGACACGUUACCUUGGCAACAAAGACAAUGUGGAGUGUCGCGGAGGGAUGUGGGGCUUCAACUUUGUGGACGGUUUUCCCCGACCCCGCAGUGACUCCCUCCAGUCUGUACAGUCUCUAGGCAGUGAGCGUGGGGAGACUGUUUCCAUGACCACCAUCCCCAGGGACACUUCUCCCGUGGAUACGCCCGGGCCCUUUGACCACCACACCCCAGAACGCCUCCCGAUGUCAUCAUACAGCAGCUACAAUCCUCUAAUCUCCAAACCUCUGUUUCCCCAGUCUGACAGUGAUCACUCUACGCCAGGAGAAAACAGUCCGGACAAUAGUCCUAUUAUGAUGGACAAUACCCACAGACAGAAAACAGAGGGCAAUCGUACUGAAAGUAAUGAGAACCCUCUAAGUGAUAGAAUACCACAUGAGAUUACAGGCCCAGCUGCAGUUAUAGGGUCUGGUGAUAUGGCAAUGAUGUCACAGGCUUACACAGGGCAGGGUCGUGCUGAUACUACUGAACAACCAGAGCUCAACAAGAUGGGGAUAAACAGAAGGCAGGGGGAUACAGUUGAACAGCCUGGGGAGACAAGCAUGGGGCCCCUGGUGUCGCUGAUUGACAGGUUUAACGCUGUGGCUCCGCCUAAAAGCAAAGUUAGGCAGGAGAGUGAUAGUUUUGUUUCGGAUGGGAAAAAAAUUAGCAAUACACUCAAUAACAUUCCUGGUCAGUCUGACAUUAAUGUGAACACAAGCCUUAAACUGCAGAAUCAUAUUGCAGGUAAAGAAAACAUUGAAAAUCCGACAAAUGUGAUCAGCGCUUCCAGUAAAAACAUUCCUACCAAACCUCUUAAUGAGAAUUUUUACAAGUGUUCGGAGUGCGUGAAGACAUUUUCGUCCGUAAGUCAAUUAAACAGACAUCUGUUGAUGCAUGAGGAUCGAGCUCUGUCCUGCUGGAUCUGUGGUCAGGAGUUUACAGGUUCAGACAAGCUAGUCUGCCAUAUGCGGACCAUCCACAAGGGAGCUAACCCCUACAAGUGUCCCCACUGCUCCCGGGAAUUUGGCCAGUAUAACAAUCUGCGACGUCACCUCCGUGUGCAUCGAGAUAAACAAUUUAAGUGUCAGCUGUGUGAGCGCGAGUUCAAUGAAGAGUUUUACCUGAAGAUGCACAUGGCCACACACACAGGGCAGCGCGUGUACAGCUGCGGGGUGUGUGGGACGGGCUUCCCUUCCAGCCACGAGUUGAAGAUCCAUGUGAAGACCCACUCCCCAUCCCAGCUCCACACAUGUGACGUGUGCGGGAAGUCAUUCAGCAAGGCGUGUGUCCUACGCCAACACAAGAAGGGGCACAGCGGAGACAGGCCUCACAAAUGUGAUAGCUGCCCCAAGACGUUUAUCCACCGUCACCAUCUGACGAUGCACCAGCGUUCACAUACGGUGUGUAAACAGUAUGCAUGCACGGUGUGUGGCCGGGAGUUUGCCCAGAGCAGCCACCUCUACAAACACCUCAGAUGUCAUGAACAGGAGAAGGAGAAUGUGGCACCCGCAGUGAACAGUCAAGUCCAGUCCCAAGGUCGAAGGUCAUACAGCGGGCAGGUGACAGGGCCAAGAGACAGGGAGACAGACAAUGGGAGGGUCCGUGGGGCUGAAAGAGGGGCCACAAGAAGUGACACCGGCGAGGGACAUGUUGGGGCAUUCCGGGCAAACUUGAUGGGCGAUCAACUUGGUCAGCUUGGUGGUGAAAGUGCUAGUAAAACAGAGACAGACAAUACAAACAGCCUGCAGUCGAGGCAGAUGGAGUUUCUAAAGCACACUGGUGGCUGGAUCGUCAGGCAGCCAAAGGAAAGGGAGACAACAAGAGGAAACUUGGACAUAGUGAGAAACACGUCAAAAGCCUCUGUUGAGAAAGAUGAUUGUUCCAAAGUGACUGAAGUUAGCAAUGUGCCAUUCACUCCACAGAACCUGAAUUCAAGAGCAAAUGACUCUAGAAGUUCUGAUCUGCGACCCUUGCCCUCCAUCAACCAGACUUUUGGGUUACCUCCCCUGAAGAAAUGUUUCCCAGCAGCCUUUCCUGAAAAUCCUGCGCCAUACAGCCUCACUUCAAAACCAGCCCCAUAUAGUGCACCUUCCAGUGAACAGAGUGGCUUCAUGUACACAUCUGCAUACGCCACUAAACCAGUGUUGCAUGGAGGUCUAGGAUCAAACCCAGCCAUGUUGAACUUUGAGAACAUGUAUCAGGCAUACUCCUCACAAGUGCAGGCGUACUACAGCCAGCUGUUUAUGAUGAACUACAUGUCCCAGGGAGGCCAGUCUGCAGGGUACACUUACUCCACCCACCUGGGCCAACCUGGAUAUGAAAAACCAUUGCCCUCCUCCCAGUGUAGAGCUGAAAAACCAUUGAGUGCCCCUCUGGAGGGAGAACCAGUCAAAAGAAGCCGAGUUAGAAAUGUAAGCCAGUCUAUCCACAGUACGGCUGUUGCUGUAAAUGAUGUUGUUGAAAGAAACGAAAAAACGGGAAAUGUUCAAAAAACAUGGUCAUGUGGUACGAAUAACAGUCAAAGUGCAGAUAAGCCUGUGGCUGUUGUUGGAGAGCCUAAGAAGGUGUUGUCUGAGUCAGAAGUGAAACUGAUCAGAAACAGUUCAUCAAGGUCAAACAGCAGUAAAUUGAGUCCAACAUAUCCCUGGUCAAACAGCAGUAAAUGUGUGAGUCCUAAAUCCCCUUGGUCACAUAGCAAGAACUUGUCAUCAAGUGUUCCGCCAAGGACUGAAGAAAACACGAGAAAUGAAAUUGCCCAUGAGCUGUUGAAAAUGUCCACUGGCAUGAGUCAUGUUUCGAGUGAACAGUCUGCAGUAUCCACAUGUAUAUCAAACCAAAGCAAAAAGAAUGCCAAAAAUGAUGAAAACCAAAGACUUACUGACAUUUUCAAUUCUAAAAGUAAGGACAUGGUGUCUGGAAGAUUCACUGCAAGCAAACAUUUGUUGAAGUUAUACAAGUCCCUACCAGAGCCGGGUAAAGGAUUAGAGAGACUGCAGGAGAAUAUAAAAGUGGAAUCUGAUGACAAAGCUGCUCUGGAGCUGAACAAUAUGAUAGUUAAUGACAUGGAGAGUGAAGGGGAUGAUGAGGUGAAUAACAAGAGUGGGAACACAAGUAAUGGGACUGGUAACUGUGUUGACAAAGAUGUUCCUGAAUAUGUUGGAAGUGAUGGUCGAGUUGCAUGUGGUCAAGAAAGAGGUGAAACUGAGAAUGUUGUCAACAUGGAAGACAAUGAAAAAGUGAAAAGAGUUGGUAUAGACCUAGGAAUGCCUGCAAAUGACUCUGAUAUUGACACAAAUGGUGAAAUUAAUGAAACUGGCAACUAUUUUGUUGAAAAAAUGGGUGAUUUGGAAAAAUUAUCUGAACAAGAAGAUUGGAAAGAAGUUUCAGACAGUAGGGUGUAUUACUAUGAUGAAAGUUUGGAGGAUAAAGUGCUGGAAAUUGAUGUGGAACUGAACUCUAGUGACAACAGCGGUGAUGCUAGUUACACCAAUGAUUGUUCAAGUUAUGACACUGGUAGAGGUGAGCAGAAUGAGAUUAAGAAAGAAGAGUGCAAUUCAAAAUCUCAUGAAUCUUACUUGGAAACUGAAGCUCAAACCAGUGAGAUGGUCAGAAGUCAGAAACAGAAACAUGAGGAUAAGUGCCAGUCUGGAGGCAUUGAAAGUCGCUCUAGUGGAAAGAACCAUGGAGAAAUGAGAGAUGAAGAGAAAACACAAAAAAUGAAUGUAAGUAAAGCUGUUGGUGAGGUGUUAAAUGAAAACUGUGUAAAUGUUGCUAAAAGUGUACAUUCUAAACAUGUCUGGUCAAAUAUGGCAAAAAAUGAAUAUGGCUUGUCCAAUGAGAAUAUGGAUAAUGUGGUUCUAGAUCUGUCUUUUAGUGGAAUGGCCCGCGAGAUGUCGGGUAUAAACUGUGACCGUGAGAUGGGCAAAAACCAAAGUAAUUUAAAUGUAGCUAAUGUAAGUAACAGAAUUGUGAAAAGUUUGGUUAGAAGGAACUCUGAACCUACGGAAAACAAAGAAAAUGUGCUUAAUGACUGUACCAUUAAGUUAGAUAAGAGACAAAGUCCGCGGAAAUCUGUGUUAGGGAAAAACAAUAGUCUCUAUCUGAGUGGAAAUAUCCAGGGAAAUAUGACUGUUGGCAAAUCUCCGAGAGCAGUGUUAGCUUCUAGAACUGUUGGCAGUAAAGAAAAUAGCCCGAAAGAAAAUAGUCGCCAAAAUCCUUACACCUGUGAUGUUUGUGAUCGUUCGUUUGCACAGCGGCAUCAUCUUAAGCGCCACAAAAUGUCUCACAACGAGAAAACUUACUCAUGUUCCAUUUGUAACAGGACGUUUAAGGAGGAGUUCUAUCUUCAAAUGCACGCACGUGUCCACACAAGGCAGGUCGGGGGCGUGUGCGACAUCUGUGAGGAGACAGUUGCAGAGGAUGACGCCUGGGACCACCUGCAAAGACACUAUGGUAACAUGGCUGACAACCCAACAUUUGUCGAGAUAGGGGCACGCGUGCAGCAGAUACGCACCGCGCGGGAAAACUGCUGAAUGCUGGGGUCAGAAGGAGCUUGUUUCCACAUGUGAAUUAUUUUUGUCAUUAUGAUAAUAUACACACAUAUACAUUUCAUUUUAGAUUUUUUUUUUGUUACUUUGUUACUCUUUUGAUGGACCAGAUGAUGUAGUUUUUUGUAUAUUUUGUCAUAAUGUUAAGCUUUUGAAUGAUUUGUAACAUUAAAUAGUCUUACAGUCAGGAAAGAUAACUCUUACAGUCAGGAAAGAUAACUCUUACAGUCAGGAAAGAUAACUUUUACAGUCAGGAAAGAUAACUCUUACAGUCAGGAAAGAUAACUCUUACAGUCAGGAAAGAUAACUUUUACAGUCAGGAAAGAUAACUCUUACAGUCAGGAAAGAUAACUUUGAACAGUUUUGAAGAAAUUUGUCGAUUUAAAAUUAACAUGUAUUCAAUUUUAUACUUAAGAAUCUCAAAUUGUAGGAGAGAGGUAAUAAUAUGAAAUCAAUCCUUACAUGUAAUAUUAUGUAUGGUAAUUAAAGUAUGUUAUGUUCAAUGUAUUUUCAUGAAAUAAAUAAUGCUUUAACUAUAUUUAAAGCAUUACAUAUGUUUACGAUAUUUUAAAUGCGUUAAUUGAAGUUACUCCUGCAAGGUAAACUUACUAAACGAAAUUUAUCAUUCAAUCUGUUUGAUGUAAGGGUCGGUGGCUGUUACCGAUGCUGACAGCUCUUGUUUGAUGUAAGGGUCGGUGGCUGUUACCGAUGCUGACAGCUCUUGUUUGAUGCUUUUAUUAUGGCAGCUAUUCGAGGGGUUAACGCAAGAAUGUUAUAUCUGAAUUUUAUUUAAUGUCACUCAGCAUGUUUUUGCUCUUCCCCCUCCCAGAAUUCUCGGUUAUUGUCAGUUUUGUCUCUUAAUUUAUUUUUUAUGUAUAAGUCAUACAGUUUAUAUUUUCAUAUUUCUUGUGUCAUCAUCAUUUUAUGAAAAGGGAACCUCUAAUCAAUGAUUAUAUCAUAAGAUCACUUUUUUGAAAAGAUGUAUAAUCUAAUUUAUUAAAUAAAAGAAUUUCAAGACUGUUUUAAGGUAGUUUGAAUAAUUUGAAAGUAAACUUGCAGAUUAAUAAGUGGUUUUAACAACAUUUUAAAUUAAAAUUCACAAUCAAUUUUUUUGAGGUACACUGGUUGAUAAAGAGUUUCCUUAAGCUGAAUCACAUCACACCCAAAACACAACCCAACCAAACCCCACCAAGCUGAAUCACAUCACACCCAAAACACAACCCAACCAAACCCCACCAAGCUGAAUCACAUCACACCCAAAACACAACCCAACCAAACCCCACCAAAGCAAACACAUCCAAUCACUACCUCACCAAACACAUCCAAACAAAUAAAAACCAAACGCAUCAAAACACAACUCAACCAAACACAUCCAAACACCACCCAUCCAAACACAUCCAAACACCACCCAUCCAAACACAUCCAAACACCACCCAUCCAAACACAUCCAAACACCACCCAUCCAAACACAUCCAAACACCACCCAUCCAAACACAUCCAAACACCACCCAUCCAAACACAUCCAAACUUAAUACAUCCCAACCAAACACAUCCAAACCAAACACAUCCAAACACCACCCAACCAAACACAUCCAAACCAAACACAUCCAAACACCACCCAUCCAAACACAUCCAAACUUAAUACAUCCCAACCAAACACAUCCAAACCAAACAAAAACAAACACAUCCAAACUCCAGCCAACCAAACACCACCAACCCAUAAGGCAUCCAAACCCAAAACCACCUUACAAACUAAUCCCAACCAAAAAUAUCCAAACCAAACACAUCCACACCAAACACACAUCCACACCAAACACAUCCACACCAAACACACAUCCCAACCAAACACAUCCACACCAAACACACAUCCAAACACAUAUCCCAACCAAACACAUAUCCCAACCAAACACAUAUCCCAACCAAACACAUCCACACCAAACACACAUCCAACUUCAUCUUAACAAAACACACUUCCCAACAAAAAACACAUCCAAAUACAUCCCAGCCCCCCCCCCCCCCCCCAACAACAACCUUACACAACCCAUACAGUAAUUGCUAGUCAGGUGUUUAUAUGAUCAUCAUUUUAAGGUAGGGCUUUAUUAUACAAGGCUAGUCAAUGUUUUCAUGUCCUAUAUAUCACUAACGAAUCAUUCCUUUAUUGAUCUCUUAUGUUUGAAGUGCUUUAUUUUAUUAUUGAAUUGUCUGUGUCUUAAUCUUGAAGCACAGGUCAUUUUGGGUAGAAAUGUAUGGAGGUCCAUUCAGUUUUGCCAGGACCUUUUGCCAUAUUUAUUUAGUAUUGACAAUCAUAAAAAAAGUGAUUGAAGCUUAAAAUUUUGUUAAAUUACAGUUCAAAAUCAUGACAAAAUUAAAACCUGUCUUUAAUGAGAUAUAAAGUCCUUUGAUUUUGUUGUUGUCGUUUUUUAAAGAAUGAAAGAAGAGGGGAUUGUCCAUACCAUUGAGCAAUUGGCAGUGGUAGUGGCAGUGGCAUUGUGCUUAAUCUUAAAUAUUGGCAAAAGCAUUGGUGGCACAGUACGUAUUGCCAUAGAAAAUAAGCAGAUUUAAAGCUAGGCCAAUAACCCUGACUUUCUUUAAAUGUUGAGUUAUGACACUUGUUUGACUAAAAAUGAACAGAUGAGCGUUGCUGCUGUUGAUUUAACUUAUAAUUACUUUCUACUUGUGCAUGUGUGAGUGUGGGCAAGUUUGCAUGAAGAUCUCUUGCCUCACUGAAAUGUAAUUGUUAGUGUUGUUAAAUAUAUAUUCAACUCAACAUGUUGUUGACUGUAAAUAUUGCUGUUCAUCCAUUUACUCUAGCCAGCAUGCGUUUUAUGGUGGCUCACCUUUUUGUAAAUAUGUACAUUUAUUUUUCACACUCAUAAAAGUUUUUUCAAGAUUCAUGGCACAUUUUAUUGACAGGCGAGAAAGUUCUGCAUUGUUUUCUUGUUGUAUGUAUGGCUUGUUUACGACCAGGGCUGGCAUUCAUAAAACAUCUUAAGAUAUUUCCUUACUUAAAGCUGCACUCACACAGAUUGGCAAUUUUUUAUGUGAUUGUCUUUGAAUGAGCCAAUUUUUGCGUAAAUGUCUGGAAACCAGAUAUAUAAUACUGCUGACACAUGUGUGAGAUUGCAGCAUUAAAUCACUUUCUUACGUUAAGUAUUUCAGGAGUCAUAUGCGUUAAAAUGUUUUUCUGAAAUACUUGAUGUUCUUUAUUGAAUAUACAUACUUUUAUGUCUAAAACACUUACACUUCUGUUUUCAUUCGACUAUGAACAUUUUAGGAAAUUGUCUUAAGUCAGGACAUGACUUCAGAUGUUUUAUGGGUACCGGCCUGUGUCUUACUCUAUUUAUGGGUACCGGCCUGUGUCUUACUCUAUUUGUUUUAUGGGUACCGGCCGGUGUCUUACUUUUUUUGUUUUAUGGGUACCGGCCGGUGUCUUACUCUAUUUGUCUUAUGCCAGUUUUUUUUUACUUUGUGUUUGCUAAUGUUUCCACCUCAUCAAUAAUGUGUAAUAAGCAGUUAUGCAGGUACAUAAAUAUACAUUGUGUAAAUAAAUAUAAGCCAAUGGUUUAGCUAUUGUGCCAGACGUUAACAUUGGUUUCUUGUUAAUGCUUCGUUUAGGUUCAUGUUCAUGUUAUAUGUAAAACAACAUUAUAGAUACACUCUAUUACUAUAUCAAUUGUGAAAUCACUUACCAUUGACAAAUGUAUCUUUAAUACUCAUUGUUGAUCAUAAUAAUAAACUAAUAAUAAAAAAGACAUGACAAAAUUUGUGACCGAAUCUCUUAAAAGUAAUUGUCAUAUGGAUUAUCUUCUCAUUUGUUGCCAAGUAUAAAUAAAUUUCUCAAUACCCAGCAGUUGCAAUUAUCGGCUUGUGAGGUAUUUUCUCAGCUUGAUUGACAUCGGCAGCGUUGUUGAUGUAUAAUCAUAGCUGUGGUAGCAUAAGCAGUGGAAAUGUUAUUCAAGAUGAAAACUGGUACACCUGUCGCCAGAGAUUAUUCAGACACUGGGCUUGAGUUAUUAUUUUGCUCCCUAUGCCAUGUAAGUAGACGGGUGUUGGCCUCGCUUCUCAGUACACUUGUUUCCAUGUGUCCUCUUAAAAUCACUCCAUACACUACAACCAGCUACAACUAUCAUUUGGUAUAUGAAAUGUUUAGUUGUUUCUACUUGUCAUUUUUCAGUCUUUUUUUACCAGUUUUUACAUAUUGUUGUUUAUAAAA